AAAGGGGCGGGGCUUCAGUAGCAGGUGUGUGUGAGAGGUCACGGGAAACAGCUACAGUAACUACAUCCCGGCGGCCGCUCCCCGGACCCUGCGCCUACCUUCUUCCUGCACCCCGACUGCCUAUUAGCUCUUGGCUCCUGCUUCCCUGACUGGGCUCUAUCUUGCGGCGCAGCCCUACUCCCUCCCUAAACGGCCUCAGUCACUCUUCCUGCGGAUCUCGGCCCCGGGUCUUAGCACCAUGUCUGCCGGAGGAGACUUCGGAAACCCGCUCAGGAAAUUCAAGCUGGUGUUCCUGGGAGAGCAGAGCGUUGGGAAGACGUCUUUAAUCACCAGGUUCAUGUACGACAGUUUCGAUAACACUUACCAGGCAACAAUUGGAAUUGACUUCUUAUCAAAAACAAUGUAUUUAGAAGACAGAACUAUCAGAUUGCAGCUCUGGGAUACCGCUGGUCAGGAACGAUUCCGCAGCCUGAUCCCCAGCUACAUCCGCGACUCCGCAGCAGCUGUAGUAGUUUACGACAUUACAAAUGUGAACUCAUUCCAACAAACUACAAAAUGGAUUGACGAUGUCCGAACGGAAAGGGGGAGUGAUGUCAUUAUCAUGCUAGUGGGAAAUAAAACAGAUCUUGCUGAUAAAAGGCAAGUGUCUAUCGAGGAGGGGGAGAGGAAAGCCAAAGAGCUGAAUGUAAUGUUCAUUGAAACAAGUGCAAAAGCUGGCUAUAAUGUAAAACAGCUUUUCCGACGUGUGGCAGCUGCAUUGCCGGGAAUGGAAAGCUCACAGGACAAAAGCAGAGAAGACAUGAUUGACAUCAAACUGGAAAAAACUCAAGACCAGCCAGUCAGUGAAGGUGGCUGUUCCUGCUAGUCUUUCUCCUCCCUCUACCGGUUUCAUUCAACUUUCCCUCUUCAGGGCAUCAGAGCUUUCCCCCCCUCCCCCGUCGCCCCUUAACUUUCAUUAACAACAGUGUGAAUACAGCUUGACCCUACAACUCAUCCAUUUCUGGACUCUCCAUCGCUGGCUGUCUCGUGAACCUACGAACGAUUAGCUUCACAGGCUCAUUAAUAUAUAUAUAUAUGGUGUCUUCAUUAUUUAAAUGACACAGAAAUUGUUUAAAUAAUAUGCCUGUUAUUGUUUCAUCUUAAAGCCGCAGUUCACACCUGUGAAGAGGACAUGAAACCCCUGCAAUAUAUGAUGAUACAGAGUAUGUGUGUGCACUUUAACCUCCAAUAACACUAUAGCACCAGUGUGGCUUUAGUGAGUUUAGUGUACGUAACCCUCUUAAAGGAACAGUUUCACUACAAUACCUGCAGGCAUUACAAUUAAAUCUCUCAACUAAUAAACAGCUGCUGAUACUUUUAAAGGGACAUUUUACGCAAGCAUUUUAUAUUAUGCAUAUAAAACCUCCGUAUCUAAAUGUGUUUGGGUUUUUUUUUGCCAAAAAAGUGUAAAAACUAUUUAAAUGUAAAUUGAAACUUAUACUGCAGUAUCAGUAGUGUCCUUUUUUUUUUUUUUAGUCUGUUGGUGGCAAAGGAUGGUUUAUUCAGGAUAGGAACGUGUUUUCUACAAGAAAUAAAAAUACUGUAAUAUGUUUUGAAAAUGUCCCUUUUAAGUGUCUGAUGUUUGUUUUUAUACUGAAAUAAAAUCUCUUAUCCGAGAGUUUCACCAUAAUGAGGCUGAAAAUUACUCUCAACAAAUAUCUGAUCCUUUAUAGACAAAUCAUAUUGUUGACAACCUCAUUAUAGCAAAUGGUUAAUUGUAGUGAAUUAAAUCCCUCUUUUGUGAGUGUAUUUAUAUUCUGCGGGCAAUAAUAUAAAUAUCCAGAGUGAAUAGCUUAUUGUCGCACAAAAUACAAUGUGCGGUUUGCUACCGUUUCAUAAGUCAAGGAUUCUGCAAAGGGAGAAUCAAGUAUUGAAGUAAUUUGUGUAUAAUCACGCUCUGUGCUAUUUUAUAUUGCAACACGUUCUUAUUUACAAGCCGUGAUCUGCCGCUUUAAGCAUGUUGUUCUUUUAUUAACAUUUCUCUUUUUUUUAAGAAUAAAAUAUAAAUAAUGCACUUUGUAAUAUUGCAGAGUAGAAUCACUAAGAUUUAUUUUUAUUUUUUUUGUGGUGCGUCACUGAGCAAUACUGCGCUUUCCAUAAAAUAUUGCUUCAUUCAGUUAACCCGCUGUAACGAAAUGGAUAGCGGUAUCUAUUGGUGAGACCUUUCUUACCAAGGAAAGGCACCUUAUCUUUAUUGGCUUAAUAUGUAAUUGUAACCAUCUACUGAAUCAGGGGACUAAAAAUGUAGUUACAACAUAAAAGGGACAAUACUUUAUUAAACCUGUAUAGUCAGUUAAACAAAAUAAAUGUAAUAAUCUUAUUUUGUUUUUACCCUCUUGGCUGCUAUAGAGAGCUCUUAAGCCAUGCAGGUAAUGUGGCAGCCAUGGGGUUAAAAAGCAAUCAGGAAUAUUUUUUUUUUAAAGAAAAAUACAUUUAAAUAUUUAAAUCUAAUAGCUAGGAAUGACACCAUGCUCUCUUUAGCUACGUCUGUACAUCAUAUGGAAAUCAAUAUAUUGGUAUAGUGUGGAGUUGAAAAUGGUUUUAAAAAAAAGAUAUAUAGCCUUAAAUCCGCAAAAACAGUUAUAGCAAAUUGUGUUUACUACACUUUUACAUAUAGCCUAAAAACUUGUAGGUGGUUGUUUAUUUGAAAAAGAUUAUAUUUGAGAUAGUUAGAGAAAUUUUUAAGCUAGAUGUAGUGGGUUUUUUCUUCUGUAGCAUCUCUGAUGUUAUUGCAUGAACAAUGUUUUUAUGUACUUGAAGACUCUUAAAAAUAGAGUUGUAUUUCUAAAUCUGUGCAACGCCAUAACGCAUCCUACCAAAUACAUUAUGGCUCUAUGACAUAACUGUGGCAGAUAUUAAAUUGCAUAGUAAACUGUGUUGUCUGGAUAGUCCUUCUCAAGAGUAAAUCUGGGUAACACAUUUGGCCGCUGACAUGGCUAGUGAUGAAAAGGUCAGAUGGGGAGAUUAUAUAUGCCUUGCCUUAAAAGGAAAUGUGUGGGUUUUUUGAGGGUUUGUUUUUUAGCUGUAUAGUUUAAAAGGAAAUCUUUUAAUUAUUUUUUGAGUUAUAAUCAGUACCCUCAUUUUCUAUUUGUUUUUGUUUUGUUUUUAAGAUACUGAAUAUCCUAACUGAUAGUCUCAGUUCUUCAUUAAAUCGAACAGGUAGUUUCAGUAGUAGCCCCUUAAAGGGCGGUCUACUUGAAAAUUCUUAUUGUUUAAAAAGAUAGCUAAUCCCUUUAUUAGCCAUUCCCCAGUUUUGCAUAACCAACACUUAUAUUAAUAUACUUUUUACCUCUAUGUUUAACUGUUUUUACAAUCUUGCUUUUUUUAGAAAAUAGUUGUUGAUUCUUGUAUAACAUUAUCAUUCUCUAUUGGAGUGAGCACUAUUAUCUGUAUGACACACAUGAACUAGCACUGUCUAGCUAUUGUGCACUGAGAUAAGAGGCGGCCUGCUGGAUCUUAGAAGCAGGCAAACUUAGAGGUUAUAAAUUAUAUUAAUAUAACAAUGUUGGCUGUGCAAAGCUGGGAAAUGGAUGGUAAAGGUGUUACCUAUUUAUUUAAACAAUAAAAAAAAGGUAGACUGUCCCUUUACCUUCUCGGCAGUGUUAGUCUCAUUUUAUUAACUAAGGGGUUAAAAGAGGUUAUGGAUUUAUUUAAUUCUGCACUUGUUGCAUUGUACUUUAUACUUUUAUAAUAGACUAGCACACUUAUGUGUAAUAAAGGCAGAAUAGUUGUCUUAUGGAAAUGCUUAAGGUGUCUCAAAACAAAAUUUAGUGUUGACCUGGCAGUCUGGCACCAAAAAAGUUGUUGUUAAAGUGCAUUGAUCUGUAAGCAGCAUUACUGUGGUAGUGAUCUAAUUGUAUAUAUCGUUGCAUCUUCAUUGCAUAAUGAUUCCUGACUUUAUUACACAAGACUGGAGACUAAGGGAAGAGGACAAUUAUGUAUUCUUUCUACUUAUAUUUAUUAAUAAAGUUCUUCAGUUUGUCAACAACAGCAGAAUGUGACACUAUACUAUAACAGGCUUGUCCUGAUUUUAAAAUAAAACGUUUCACAGCCGAGUCUGAGCUUAUGAUGAAGAUGUAUUUAAAAUCCAGUUUAUGGGAAUAAAGAUAAAGACAUUUUCAAAUUGAUGCUAAAAAAAAUAAAAUAAAAAUUGCAGUAGGAGAA